CGCCUCCGGGGGCAGCUGUGCGUCGGGGCGCGGUGACGCGGCGGCGUGCGCUCCGCAGCGCGGGAAUAAGGUCUGUGGAGUUUUGGGUUUGGGUUUCUAGCCUGGAUACCGGGGUUCCGGGGCCUUCUGUUGUGGCGCUUCACAAGUCAUCCAGCGGAAGGAGGACACCGGUUGAACUGACUCUUCUCAUGAGCCUAUUAAAGAUGAAUGAAAAAAAAUUGGAAAGAACUCCACAGCCGCGAAAACUUCCUGAAUGGAUGUCUAUGCAGAAUGAGACAUGUACUGCAGUAGAAACAAAGGCAUCGAUUCAGAAGAGUGUUUUUGAAGACGACCUCUCUUUCUUAGAAUUCACUGGAUCUAUUGUUUAUAGUUAUGAAGCUAGUGAUUGUUCUUUUCUAUCAGAAGAUAUUAGCAUGAAUCUGUCUACUGGAGGUGUGGUGGGUUUUGACAUGGAAUGGCCACCAGUAUACACUAAAAGGAAACCGAGCCGAGUUGCACUGAUUCAGUUAUGUGUGUCAGAGAACAAAUGUUACUUGUUUCAUAUUUCUUCUAUGUCAGUUUUUCCUCAGGGGUUAAAAAUGUUGCUUGAAAAUGAAGCAAUUAAAAAAGCAGGUGUAGGAAUCAAAGGAGAUCAGCGGAAACUUCUAUGUGACUUUGACAUCGAUUUGAAGAAUUUUGUGGAGCUGACAGAUGUUGCCAAUGAAAAGCUGAAAUGUACAGAGACUUGGAGCCUCAAUGGUUUGGUUAAACACCUCUUUGGCAAACAGCUUCUGAAAGACAGAUCUAUCCGUUGUAGCAAUUGGGGUGAUUUUCCUCUCACUGAGGAUCAGAAACUGUAUGCAGCCACUGAUGCGUAUGCUGGUCUCAUCAUUUAUCAGAAAUUAGAGAUUUUAGGUAAUGCUGUGGAAAGGUUUGCUAUAAAUAAAAAAGAGGAGGAAAUCCUACCUAUUGAUGUGAAGAAACAAUUGACUUCAAUCUCUGAGGAGAUGAUGGAUCUGGCCAAGCAUCUUCCUGACGCUUUGAAAAAAUUAGAAGAUCCACAGAGGGUUUCUCUACUAUUAAGUGCUAUUUCAGAAAAUCUGUAUUCAUUGAGGAAGAUGAUAAUUGGUUCUCCUGAGGCCGAAUUGAGGCACAGCACUAAUGUUCACUUAUUAUCAUUGGGAGAUCCAACUGCUGAUGAAGUACAGCAGAAACAAAUUAGAGAACAUAAAUUUUUUCCUAAAGUUAAAGAUGAGACUUGGGACACAACAUUUGAUAAUUUAAUUAAACAUGAUGAAGGAACCGAACCUCAAAACAAAGUGAAACAAAAAGAAGAUGGACUUGAAGAUGGAUUAGAAGUUGGCAAUAAAUUGAAAACGAACACAGAAAGAAUUUGUUUGAUGUCAUUAGAUAUAACAGAACACGAACUCCAGAUUUUGGAACAGCAGGCUCAGGAAAAAUUUCUUAAUGAUGUCACUUGCAAAUCUCCUGAGCAUUUAUCUUCCAAAGAUAAUGAAGAGGAUCUAUCUUAUGUAAUUGAAAGCGAUGAAGAUUUAGAAAAGGAAAUGAUUAAGUCUUUAGAAAAUUUAAAUACUGGCAUGGCAGAUCCAAUUCAUUCAAAAUGCAUAAAAAUGGAAGGAAAUCUGGAUGUUCCUUUUGAAGAUGAUGAAGAUGAGAUUGAAGCUAUUGAAGAAGAAGAUGAUAAUGUUGAAGACUAUUCAUUACCAAGACCUAAUGCAAGGCAAAUUAAUUUCCUCAAGAUCUAUUUUGGCCAUUCCAGUUUUAAACCGGUUCAGUGGAAGGUGAUUCAUUCUGUAUUGGAAGAAAGGAGAGAUAAUGUUGUUGUGAUGGCAACUGGAUAUGGAAAGAGUUUGUGCUUCCAGUACCCACCUGUGUAUUCAGGGAGGAUUGGUCUUGUCAUCUCUCCUCUUAUUUCUUUGAUGGAAGACCAAGUGCUCCAGCUUAAGAUGUCCAAUAUUCCAGCUUGUUUUCUGGGAUCAGCACAGUCAAAAAAUGUUCUAGAAGAUAUUAAAUUAGGCAAAUAUCGGAUUGUAUACAUAACUCCAGAAUUCUGUUCUGGUAACUUGUUCCUACUCCAGCAACUUCAGGCUGAUAUUGGUAUCACACUUAUUGCUGUGGAUGAGGCUCACUGUAUUUCUGAAUGGGGACAUGAUUUUAGAAGUUCAUUCAGGACUUUGGGCUCCCUAAAGGCAAUACUCCCAUCGGUUCCAAUUGUUGCACUUACUGCUACUGCAAGUUCUUCAAUCCGGGAAGACAUUGUACGCUGCUUAAACCUGAAGAAUCCUCAGAUUACCUGUACUGGUUUUGAUCGACCAAACUUGUAUUUAGAAGUUAGGCGAAAAACAGGAAGCAUCCUUCAGGAUCUUGACCAAUUUCUUGUCCAAAAGACAAGUUCCAUCUGGGAAUUUGAAGGUCCAACUAUCAUCUAUUGUCCUUCCCGAAAAACAACAGAACAAGUUACAGCUGAACUUAGGAAACUGAAGUUAGCCUGUGGAGCAUACCAUGCAGGCUUGGAUAUUAAAUCAAGGAGAGAAAUUCAUCAUAGGUUCAUGAGAGAUGAAAUUCAGUGUGUUGUAGCUACCAUAGCUUUUGGAAUGGGCAUUAAUAAAGCUGACAUUCGCAAAGUCAUUCAUUAUGGUGCUCCUAAGGAAAUGGAAUCAUAUUACCAGGAGAUUGGGAGAGCUGGCCGUGAUGGACUUCAGAGUUCUUGUCAUGUACUCUGGGCUCCAGCAGACAUUUGCUUAAAUAGGCACCGCCUUAGUGAGAUAACCAGUGAAAAGUUUCGAUUAUACAAAUUAAAGAUGAUGGCGAAGAUGGAAAAAUAUCUUCAUUCCACAAGAUGUAGGCGACAACUCAUCUUGUCUCAUUUUGAAGACAAACAACUACGAAAGGCCUCCGUGGGUAUUAUGGGAACUGAACAAUGCUGUGAUAAUUGCAGAUCCAGAUUGGAUCAAUGCUCUUCCAUUGAUGAUUCAGAUGACGCAUCACAGGAUUUUGGUCCACAAACAUUCCAGCUAUUAUCUGCUGUGAAAAUCUUAGGAGAAAAGUUUGGAAUUGGGCUUCCGAUUUUAUUUCUCCAAGGAUCUAAUUCCCAGCGUCUUGAAGAUAAGUAUCGCAGACACAGUUUAUUUGGCACUGGCAAGGAUCAAAAAGAGAGUUGGUGGAAGGCUUUGUCCCGUCAGCUCAUGGCUGAAGGAUUCUUGGUAGAAGUUCCUGGGAGACAAAAAUUUAUAAGGAUUUGCACUCUUACAGAAAAGGGCAGAUGUUGGCUUCAUGAAGCCAAUAGAGAAUUUCCUAAGAAACUUAAACUUGAAGCUAAUGAAGAAUUGUGUCCGAGGGUGUUUCUUCUACCAAGUUCUAAAACUGUACCACCUGGCGCUGAACAACAUUCCUCUAAUCGAGUACCAAUUGAAUUAACUGCAGAGAAGAAGUCUAACUUGGAGAAGAUGUAUUCUUACAAAGCAUCUGAUAAAAUUUCUUCUGGGAGUAACAUUCCUGAAAAAAGCAUCAUAGUACACUCACCAGGAAAAUCUUACAAGUCUUCAGAACCUGUUAUUUCAGCUGAAGAGCAGGAGACUCAGACUGUGUUGUAUGGCAUAUUGGUGGAAGCCAGGCAGAAACAUGCCGGUAAAAUGGAUGUUCCUCCAGCCAUUCUAGCAACAAAUAAGAUACUAUUGGAAAUGGCCAAAAUGAGACCUACUACAUUUGAAAAUAUGAAAAGGAUCAAUGGUGUGUCUGAAGGCAAAGCUACUAUGCUGACCCCUCUGUUGGAAGUCAUCAAACAUUUCUGUCAGAUAAAUAAUGUUCAGUCAGACCUCUUUUCAAGUACAAAACCUUGGGAAGAACCAAGGAACAGUGUGGUGGAGGAAAAUGAAACAUGUUCCCUUUCACAGUCUGCGGCCAUCACGUAUUCCUUAUUCCAAGAAAAGAAGAUGUCUUUGAUAAGUUUAACUGAGGACAGGAUUAUGCCUCUCACAGCAGUUGGAAUGCACUUAACCCAAGCAGUGAAAGCUGGCUGUCCACUUGAUAUGGAGCGAGCAGGCCUGACUCCAGAGGUUCAGAAGAUUAUUACUGAUGUUAUCCGAAACCCUCCCAUCAACUCAGAUAUAAAUAAAAUUAAACUAAUUAGAAAGCUGGUUCCUGAAAACAUUGACACGUACCUUAUCCACAUGGUAAUUGAGAUCCUGGAAAAAGACUCUGACAACAGACUGUUGUCAGACGGGCUUUCAUGUGCUUCCAACAGAAAGAGAUAUUUCCCCAAUUCUGAAGAGAACUGUUCAAGUUCUAAAAGAAGUAGGGAAGAAGUAGGCACUAAUACCAAGGUUGAUGGAAAACAUCCUUACGAUUUUUCAUUGAAAGAUGAAAGUCACAAAAAUUCCCUAAGACUAACGUCUUGGAAUCAACCAACCAGCGAUUCAGAAACAGAUUUAUUUACAGAUUCUCACCCACAGACUUCAUCUAUAACCUCCAAGAGAAAAUUACCUAAGUGGUUUGCCAAAGACACUGAGACUUUAGCUGACACCAGCAGGAAAUCAGCAGCCAAAGCACAAAAGAAAGGUCUUUUUAGUUAAACUGGCAGUUGCCAGAGGAAUUGUGUACGUCUUACUGUACUAUAAGAUGGGAGCUGUGUUUCAUUUCUGAAAAUAGUGACGACCAGUGCUUCAGUUUACAAAUUAUUCUAAUCUCAAAAGUAAAACUCACCUAUUUGUUGAACAGCUGGCAUCUUAUAACAGCUUUGUACAGUUACUAAAGUUGAGUCUCUGAGAGCCUGAGUGAGUACAUUAUAGAAUAGAAUAAUAAAUUAGUCUCGUUUAAGAUGGCUUUAAGAAACUGUGUUUCUGCUCUGUUUUCUAAUCUCUUUAUUUAUUUCAACAGUAAGUUUGGAAAACUUAAGGGGUGCUGAUUUGAUAUAAACAGCAGAUUGGUAGUUGUAUGAUGAUUAUGUGUGUGAUAGAAAAUCUUCAUAUAUUAUCAGAAUUCUUUCUUAUAAAUGAAGGAAGCAUAGUUAUUCUACAAAUUGUCCUUACUAUCUUUACAAGAAGCUCUUACACACAUUGAUAAAUGGUAAUAGUGGACCAGACCAUUGGAAAUGAAACCGUUUGGGUUCCAUGCAAAGAGGGAAAAAUAAUAUAAUAAAGGAGACCAACUGCACUAGGCAACUAUGCACUUUGUAUUUUAUAUGCUAUUUCUAUUAUUUUUCAAAUAAUAAAUUCCUUCAUACUGAAUAUUACAAAGAUAUAGAUAUAUAUAUAUAUAUAUAUAUAUAUGUAUUUCUUAAACAUUUAUUUACUUAGUUACCUUGAGCACUUUUAGUUUUUGAGGAUGUUGGAAUUUGAUUCUAAUACUUUUUGAUGUAGCACAUUCGACUUCACUAUCCAACCUGUACUCUUAUACUGAGUUUGGCAAACCAUAGUUAAUAUAACUUUAACAAGUUCACCAAAUGGCCUUUUGUAACUAAAAAUAAUUGUUAAUAAAGAAGAAAUAUUAUAGAAGAAUUAGAAAAUCUGGGGAGAUGAAAAAAAAAAUCACUGGUAGAUAAUCAAUCAGUUAACCCCUUUCUUUGUGUGUCCUGCUAAACCUCUAUAAUCACUGCUUUUCUAAGUUUGAUACAUGAAUAAUACAUUAAUGUAUUUUCUUUGUAAAACAUUUAAAACACAAAAGUUCCCUGUAGUCCCAUUUUCCUACAUGUCAUUACCAAACCAUUUUCCAGAAGGCAGCUCCUAUUAAAUAUGUGACUUAUAGUUCUCUAGUCAUUCCUUAAUGCAUUUACAUGCCUUUGCAUAUAUAUCUAUAUACACAUUCUUAUUUUUUUAAGUGAAUUAGAUCUGCAACAAACUCUUUUCACUUAAUAGGUCAUGAAGAACUUUUCAUGUCAGUAUAUAUCAGGCUAUCUUACUGUUUUUUGUAGCUACCUACCAUUCUAUAUGGUGAAUACUAUAUACAAUUACUUUCCUAUUGGUCAUUUUUUUCUAUUUUAGAUUAUUUCUAGAAGUAGGAUUAGAGAGUCAAAUUUAUAUUUCACUUGAAUAUAUUAGGAACUUUUUUUUCUGUAUCAUUGUUUUCUCUAGAAUCUUUUUCUUUGGCUUUUUAUGGUACAGUGAUUCUUAAAACUGUGAUCUGCAGACUUUAAGGAGUUUUUGAGACUCUUUCAGGAGACUCUGUAAAGGCAAAACUAUUUUCAUGAUACCAAGAUGUUAUUUGCCUUCUGUCCUAUGUCAUUUGCACCAAGGGUGCACAGCAGUUGUGAGCAAAACCACUGGUGGUACUUAAGUACAAAUCAAGGCAAUGACAUCAAAUUAUUGCUUUUAUUAAUUCUCAGUCCUCAAACACUUUUCAAUCUUCUAUGUGUUGGAAUGGCAAAUAUGUGUAAAAUCACUUCUUUGUACCAAAAUAGGAUGGUUGUCUUCAGAAAAAGCACUUGUUUGUUUGAAUUGUGAAUUGAGUUAGUUCUUUUUCUAUGGAAUUUUUUACUGAAAAGAAUGACUGAUAGAAAACUAUGACUAGUUAUUCAGACUUGAGCAUUUGGUGGACAUUUUCUCAAAAUUGAAUGAAGCCAUCCUAUCACUUCAAGGAAAACUGAUGAGUAUUUGUUUCCAAUGAUAAAAUUUGAGAUUUCUGGCAGAAUUUAUAGUUUUGGAAAUCUUGUGUCUGGUAUCAGUUUAACAGCUUCCCAUAACAUAAAGACUUUCCUAAUGAGAUGUUAUUCCUACAAUUAACAAAAAAAUUUUUUUGACAUUUUAUGGUAAUUUUUGUCAACAUUUAGAAGAUCUGUACAACUCAAUGAACUAUUUUUGGAUGACUAAUACAUGAUCUUAUAAAAUCAUGCAUGGGUAAAAAAUUCAUUCAAACCACACAGUGGUCCAGUGGAUUUUAAUGUAGCAGAAUAUGAAAAUAUUCAUUCAUAUGUGGUUUCAGAUUACACACUGCAACCAGUCUUUAAAAAAUUACAGGUGUCCACCUUUGGUAUAGUUCCAAAGAAAAGUGUCUACAAUUUUCUAGAAAAGCUAUUAAAAUACUCCUCCCUUUUCCAGCUACAUACCUGUUUAUGGCCACAUUUUCUUCAUAUACAUCAACCAAAGGAAUGCAUAUUGAAUGUAUAAGUAGAUUGAAUGUAGAAGCAGAUCUGAGAAUCCAGCCACUUCUGUUAAGCCAGACAUUGCCAUUCUUCUCACUGUUUUGUGGGGGAUAUUUUAUAAAAUGUGUUUAUAUUAUCAUGUAAUGGAUUUACUACUGCUUUUUAAAUCAAAAUUAAUAAACAUUUCUUAAACAUUUA